AAGGGCGGCUGUCGAAUCCAUCCUACUGAGGUAAUAGGAUUAGCUUUGCCUAUGUCUUGGCAAAUGAAUGCUUGGCUAAAAUUGCUUUACAACGAAUUGUCACUACUCCCCGUUCACCACACCCAGAGUAUGAGGCUAAAACAGCAGUUGGCUAGUGAACUGAUGUUUGCUUGUUUCUAAGCCUAUAGACUGUUUGAGAGAAGAAACUUGAAUAUUGUUCAUGCGUUCCUCGUGAGAUAGUAGUUAAUACACUGUUGUAACCUAUAGUAUCAUGUUAUAAUUUCUCUGCAUUGAAUUUAUGAUUAAAAUAUAAAAAACUUCCUCGAUAAAUUAUUGUAACACUCGCGCUAUUCGCCGACCAUCAUGGCGUGUUGUUUAAGUCCGGAGGCGCAGGAACAGAAGCGAAUCAAUCAAGAAAUUGAGAGGCAACUUCGUAAAGACAAACGAGAUGCUAGAAGGGAACUUAAAUUACUUUUACUAGGAACUGGGGAAUCGGGUAAAAGUACCUUCAUUAAACAGAUGCGUAUUAUUCACGGAUCAGGUUAUUCUGAUGAAGACAAACGAGGUUUUAUCAAGAUAGUUUAUCAAAACAUAUUUAUGGCAAUGCAGAGUAUGAUAAAAGCCAUGGAUAUGCUAAAAAUACCUUAUAAAGACCCAAAAAACCAGGAAAAUGCAGAACUUGUACGGCAGGUAGACUACGAAACAGUCACAGUGUUUGAGAGUCCUUAUGUGGAAGCUAUUAAAUCACUCUGGGCAGAUCCUGGUAUCCAAGAAUGUUAUGACCGAAGAAGGGAGUAUCAGCUCACAGAUUCAGCGAAAUAUUAUCUGAGUGACAUUGACAGGAUAGCACAACCCAACUACCUUCCUGAACAACAAGAUAUUCUUAGGGUCCGAGUCCCUACAACAGGCAUCAUUGAGUAUCCCUUUGACCUCGACUCCAUUAUUUUCAGAAUGGUAGAUGUUGGAGGACAGAGAUCAGAGCGAAGAAAAUGGAUUCACUGUUUUGAAAAUGUCACAUCUAUAAUUUUCUUAGUCGCCUUAAGUGAAUAUGAUCAAAUUCUGUUCGAGUCAGAUAAUGAGAAUCGUAUGGAAGAAAGUAAAGCAUUGUUCAAGACUAUUAUUACAUAUCCAUGGUUUCAAAAUUCAUCUGUUAUUCUUUUCCUAAACAAAAAGGAUUUGUUAGAAGAGAAAAUCAUGUAUUCACAUCUUGUGGAUUAUUUUCCAGAAUAUGAUGGCCCCAACCAGGACCACAUUGCAGCCCGUGAGUUCAUCCUAAAGAUUUAUCUGGCUCAGAAUCCUGACCCAGAUCGUAUGAUUUACUCUCACUUCACUUGUGCCACAGAUACCGAAAACAUUAAACUGGUCUUCUGUGCUGUGAAGGAUACUAUACUGCAGAACAACCUGAAAGAAUACAACCUUGCCUGAUGUGAUGACAGUAAGAAGUGUUGCAGAUGUGUCGGAUCCAGUAGUUUGUGCUUGUUGGGAUCCUUUUCAAUAUUGUACUCACUGAAACACAUUUAUAUUAUUUUACUGUAGAGAAAUUGAUGCAUGUGUAGUUUCUUUUACAAGAGUUGUACUUUUUGGUUUUUAUUGGUUAACUGUUCAUGUGAUUGAUUAUUUUGUUUGCAAAUUACGUGUUUCUAGUUUCAAUAUGUAUAUAUAAUUUAUUUUCAAUUUGUCAUCAAAUACUACUUACCUUGAUACAUGCAUGUCCUAAAUAUUUAUAAUUUGCUGAAAGUAAAAAAAAUAUUUAUUGGAUUUACAAGUAUUUUUGUGAGAAAGUUGCAUUUGCAAGUUUUUGAAGUUAGCUCUUUACUAUUAUGAUGUUAUGCCAAAGAUAACAAUCAGUUGAUUGUAUGUUUUUCUAGUACUAACAAGUUCCUAGGAUGAAACAUUAACUUAGUUGUUUACAAGUAAUAAAACUAAUCAAAUAUUUCUUGAUCUUAAUAAUGUGUUUUUUAUAAACUAAGAAUAUGGUAGGGUCUUGAAAUGAUCAUAUAGCAGUUGUCAAUUCCAAGAAGCGGGACAUUAUUCAGAAAAGCUUGUGGCGUGUCAAAUUAUUUGAAGCAAAAUAACUAGUCAUUAUCAUUAAGAAUUAAAGUUAAUAUUAUAUCAGUCAUUUAAUAAUUAAUUUGAAAAGAAUGAAUGAAAUUUCUGUAGUUAAAGUGGGCAACUAUCCGUAACGAAACUUGCAUUAAAUAAUAAUCAGUUGUGUGAUGCAGCGUUUACAGGAAGAAAGUAAAUGUUCAAAAGGAAAUCAGUAUAUGUACUAUCAGUAGAUAAAGUUUGUGGCAAAGGAAGAACGUGUUAAAUAAAUGUUCAUAUAAAAACUAGUGAAUGACAGCUUUUAUAUAUUCAUUAUAAAAGAAUAAGAGAACAAAAUUUAAAGUGUUAUUCUGUCUUUUUUUUUCCUUUUUAAUAAUAUUGCUAGUAAACAUUAUGUAACUAUGCAGUUUUACUGAACAAUAAAUAAAAUAAAAAAACAUUAACGUUCUGAUAUAUUUUUGGACAAAGGUUUUUUGGUUCAUUUUUGUUUUUUUUUACCUGUUUUUUAUUUGUGAUAUGUGAAAGUUGAUCAACAGUAGUGAAAAUUUGUAUUUGAGUUAUCUUAAAUUUUGAUGCUAAGUUAAUGGAAUGGAACUUCAGAAUGAUAAUUCAUCUAUAAGAAAGCAUUAGGGUGGUUGUGUUUUUUUAAAUGAAUACUUUGUUUAAAUUCCAAGGUUAUACUCAUGGGCUUUUUUAUUUUUCU